AACGCUACACAAAAAGAGUGCUGUGACGCUGUCAUGUGACUUUGUUUUCAUGUACAACAUGUGAUGCUGAUAAAAAAAUCAACUAGGAAUCCAAUCGAUAGGUAGAUGUUGGGAUCGUGUACGUAGGAUUACAUUAUUAUGUACAUAUGUAGCCAGGUAAACGAUGCUGGGUCAGUCAGGCGACACAGGUGUAACAGACAUCAGUGUUAGGAUGUACAGGAUGUGAAGGAUUAACACUGUUGACAGCAGAACAAAGGAAAGGAAAAAAGAAGGAUAGAGGAAGAGAGAAAGAAGCAUACUUGCAGGAAAUGAGAAUAACGGUGCCCAUGGCAAGUCUACACCAGUAAUUAAGGGAAUUUCUACUGCAAUUUACCAGAUAUCAGAUCCCGACUUUCCUCUUGGUACCAACAAAGAAACACCAUGGACUGUGCAUUUUCGUCAAUAUUAUAGAAGGCCAAGAAGAUUUGUCUUCGCUAUGUUUGAUUACAUAUCAGUAAAUGUUUAUUAUUAAAACUUGUGGAUCGCAGAUCAAAUCUGGGUACAUAUGUAGACAGCAGGUGUUUGCCAAUCUGUAAUGAUGUAUUAAUUGAUCAUGUACGUGACGGUGUAUGUCACACAUGAGGAUGGCAACAGGAUGAAAAUAUAGAUUUUUCCAUGGAACCUUCCCAGCAGCUACGACCGAAAUCUGCCAAACACAAUUAUCACAAUCGCCCCCCGCAGCCAAAACCGCCCAAGUCCCGUGAUCCACAAAUCCCGUAUCCGGUCAAAUCAACAGAAGCCGAGAAGACGCGAUUAGAACCAGAUCGUCCUAAGAGCGCGCAUCCACGAGCAAAAAGCCGCCAUGGGAUUGUUGUUGAUAUAGUAAACUCUCAUAACAGCAUAUAUACAGAUAUCACCGUCAUAACCGAUGGUCGGAAUACGCGUGUGCCGUCAAAUCUACAGAAACCGGUUAAGUCGAAUCUGAAAAGAAGCAAACAGAAGAAACACUUGAAUGAAAUUGGUCAAGGUAAAAUGCCAGCAACUAAGAUGGCUACUGACAAUAUGAAAGAAAACAGCGCGAAUGUCAAAAUGGUGGCUCACCAAGUUACACAAAAGGCUGAGACAAUUACGCGUUGUUACUAUCGACCUUUGACCCCAAUCAUUACAAACGAGGACGAGUACUAUGCUAAGCUCGACCCUGUGGACUACUUCAAUGACCCUACCAUACAGGAUCUACCCAUGCUCAAAGAGAAAUCAAAGACCACGGGAAAAAAUCAAAUGCAUUCAAUGCAACUACCGACAAUGAAGAGCCCGCCUCAUGACGAUGGGAAGUCCAAUCCGUGGUCGGGAAGAUUAAAGGAUCCGAACAAAACAUUGGUGGCCCGUAAAAAGUAUGUCAACACUAAAAACUCAGUCUACGCCAUGUUUUUUGACGAUAGACCAGGAACAUUAAUUUCAGACACCAAAAAACAUGUACGGCCUUUAACGGACGACAAAGUUAUCAUGCAGAGCACAAAGACUCUACAAAAUGGCGGCUUAGUAGGCAACGCAUUGGGUGUAAAGAAGUCGAGAUUAACGAAAGUUGACGGUCGCAGACUCAUUGGUUACCGUGGUAAUAACACACGUGGUCCACCCGGGAGUGAGAAAAGUUGGAUUCCUAGGUACAAUGGACUCUCCCAAAACACACAUACGUUAACCACUGUCGGCAAAACUGGAAGUCCUAAUGUUAAGAUUGCUCAAGGUCUAGCAGCAAGGGAUCCAAAAACUAAAUAUAGAUAUGAACUUCGUCCAUUCUCGGAAGGAGUAAACAUUCUUGCAGAUAACGAAUUGCUAAGAUACCGUGCCAACCACGAAUUAUAUCAUUCUAAAUACAAUGUGGACAGAUUGUUAGCAAAACACAAGAAAAAGUGUGGAAAUUUUCCUAAUGGAUUUGAUUUGAAGCCUCGGCGAAACAACCUCGUGGGUCCUGAUCAGUUGGAAGUUAAGCACCCAGGUACCAUCAAUGGGCACCAGACUCCACGGCCCCGGAAGUUAAAACCCAUACCGGGUGUUCAUAAAACGUGAAAAUACUCAUUCAGUGUAUUUCAUCACAUAAUGGUGAAUGACUCGGUAAUCAGGUGUAAGGUUUUAUAUUAUCAUAUCUUUUUUAUUGUAAACGAUUUAUAAAGACCAAACAUUACUGACAGUAUAACGCGCUCAACCACCAUUAUUUCCGUGUAUAUCAGACACUGGGUUCUGUAUUCUGGAAUUAUUAAUUCUCUUUACGUUUCUUGGAAACAUGAACUGAAAACGGUAGGUUUUUGUUUCGUAACUAAGCCUCAGUAGUUAUUUUCGGCUUGGUUAUAUUGAUUCCGUUAUCACUACAAACCAAUAAUUUUGUCACGUCAAUUAAUGUUGGAUUUAUUUUAUUAAUUGUGAAGUUUAGACUAUACAGCCUAGAUAAACAUUUGUAUGAUGUAUUCACAUUUAUACCAUUUAUUCACAUUUAAGCCUUGUAUUCACAUUUAUACCUCCGUGAUGUUACAGUUAACGAAGGACUCAAUGAAUUUGAUCAUAAUAAGUACAGGCGGCUGAGUUUAGGCGAUCAAAGCACUCAUGAAUAUAUCAUGUAUUCAUUGUCAAACAAAACACUGGAUAUGGACCAGGUUUAUGAUAUGUACUCGUUGUAUGACAGGAUAUGGACCUGGUAUAGAAUAUGUUCUCGUUGUAUGACAGGAUAUGGACCUGGUAUAGAAUAUGUACUCGUUGUAUGACAGGAUACGGACCUGGUAUAGAAUAUGUACUCGUUGUAUGACAGGGUAUGGACCACGUAUAGAAUAUGUUCUCGUUGUAUGACAGGAUAUGGACCUGGUAUAGAAUCUGUACUCGUUGUAUGACAGGAUAUGGACCAGGUUUAUGAUAUGUACUCGUUGUAUGACAGGAUAUGGACCAGGUUUAUGAUAUGUACUCGUUGUAUGACAGGAUAUGGACCAGGUUUAUGAUAUGUACUCGUGGUAUGACAGGAUAUGGACCAUGUAUAGAAUAUGUACUCGUUGUAUGACAGGGUAUGGACCACGUAUAUAAUAUGUUCUCGUUGUAUGACAGGAUAUGGACCACGUAUAGAAUAUGUACUCGUUGUAUGACAGGAUAUGGACCAGGUUUAUGAUAUGUACUCGUUGUUUGACAGGAUAUGGACCUGGUUUAUGAUAUGUACUCGUUGUAUGACAGGAUAUGGACCUGGUAUAGAAUAUGUACUCGUUGUAUGACAGGGUAUGGAGCUGGUAUAGAAUAUGUACUCGUUGUAUGACAGGAUAUGGACCACGUAUAUAAUAUGUACUCGUUGUAUGACAGGAUAUGGACCACGUAUAGAAUAUGUACUCGUUGUAUGACAGGAUAUGGACCUGGUUUAUGAUAUGUACUCGUUGUAUGACAGGAUAUGGACCUGGUAUAGAAUAUGUAUUCGUUGUAUGACAGGAUAUGGACCAUGUAUAGAAUAUGUACUCGUUGUAUGACAGGGUAUGGACCACGUAUAGAAUAUGUUCUCGUUGUAUGACAGGAUAUGGACCACGUAUGGAAUAUGUACUCGUUGUAUGACAGGAUAUGAACCACGUAUAGAAUAUGUACUCGUUGUAUGACAGGGUAUGGACCACGUAUAGAAUAUGUACUCGUUGUAUGACAGGGUAUGGACCACGUAUAGAAUAUGUUCUCGUUGUAUGACAGGAUAUGGACCAUGUGUAGAAUAUGUACUCGUUAUAUGUUAGGAUAUGGACCUGGUAUAGAAUAUGUACUCGUUGUAUGACAGGAUAUGGACCUGGUAUAGAAUAUGUACUCGUUGUAUGACAGGGUAUGGACCUGGAAUAGAAUAUGUACUCGUUGUAUGACAGGGUAUGGACCUGGUAUAGAGUAUAUACUCGUUGUAUGACAGGGUAUGGACCUGGUAUAGAAUAUGUACUCGUUAUAUGUUAGGAUAUGGACCUGGAAUAGAAUAUGUACUCGUUGUAUGACAGGAUAUGGACCACGUAUAGAAUAUGUAUCUCGUUGUAUGACAGGAUAUGGACCACGUAUAGAGUAUGUUCUCGUUGUAUGACAGGGUAUGGACCUGGUAUAGAAUAUGUACUCGUUGUAUGACAGGGUAUGGACCUGGAAUAGAAUAUGUACUCGUUGUAUGACAGGAUAUGGACCACGUAUAGAAUAUGUUCUCGUUGUAUGACAGGGUAUGGACCUGGUACAGAAUAUGUUCUCGUUGUAUGACAGGGUAUGGACCUGGUAUAGAAUAUGUUCUCGUUGUAUGACAGGGUAUGGACCUGGUAUAGAAUAUGUUCUCGUUGUAUGACAGGAUAUGGACCUGGUAUAGAGUAUAUACUCGUUGUAUGACAGGACACGGCCAUGAUUUGUACUACUUUCCGCCCGAUGUGUAAACUUGGCCCUGGAGGAUGUUUGAAAGUCAAUUUUAACACAUUAUAUGCCGGACACCGAUGAUAACUCUUCCCAAAAUAUAAUAAAAAGGAUAGCAUUACAAGAGUCAU